AUGUGUACCAGUGGUGUUCCAGCCAGCUCCAGCCAUGGGGUCAGCCGGUCGGGCUCCUCGUAUGCCCUGUGUGCCCUUGGGGUGGGGCUCAUAGCCCUGGGCAUUGUCAUGAUUGUGUGGACAAUGGUUCCCGGGGAUGCUACCCAGACAACCAAGACUCUAGGCAACUCCAGUAUAACAGAGCCAGCAGACCAUGGUGAGGAUGGCGAUGGCGAGGAGGAUAAGGAAGCAGCGAAGACCUUAUCAAUAGCCUAUGUGCUGGUGGGGGCAGGGGUGGCCAUGCUGCUACUGUCUAUCUGCCUGGGGGUGAGGAACAAGCGGAGGAAGCACCAGAGAAGACAGGAGACACGGGCCAUAGGAGUCCGCUUCGUGGACCAUGUGGCUGGGGAGGCAGGACAGAAUUUAGAUGAGCCAGUCCCAGUCUACAACGUGCCCAGCUAUGAGGAGGCGGUCACCAGUGGCCAGUUCCCCAUUCGCCAGAGCAACUUACGCCAGAGCAACUCCCAGCUGCCUUCCUACGAGGACCUCAUUAGUGCUGUGGAAAACGAGGCUGAGGGACCAAGUGCUGCCCCAGUUAAGGAGGCUCAUCCUAGCAGUCCCACUCCUGAGCUCCAGCCCGCCGCUGCAGCCAACCCCCACAGCAGCAGCCGAGCCGGCCGGAUACUACGGCCCAACAGGGUACGCAGAAUCAAGUCUGAGAAACUCCAUCUGAAGGACUUUCGUUUUAACAUUCGCAACCCUACUGAUGCGAAGGUGACCAUUGAACCAAUCACUCCGCCACCACAGUAUGACGACAAGAUGCCUGAGUUCUGA